AUGUAUAUCGUAUACUUUUUGUCUUCGUGGAUAUUACAACUUUGCUUUAUCCAUAGUACACAUUUUCGUGGCGGAACAAUUACAUGGCGACCUUUGAAUGCAACUCCGGUUGGUGGUUCAGCUUCUUUUCUAGUUCGAGAACGAUAUUCAUGGAAUCGUAAUACAUACUAUUGUGAUGAUACAACUAUUGCCAAUAAGGGUCUAAUAAGUGGUGGCAACGAUGUUGCUUGCACAGCAGGUCCUUGCACCGGUUGGUCGAACAUGCUGACAUCGACGUAUUGCACGGAUUUCAGUGAUCGUCUCACUGUUAGUUCGGGUGAAAGAACUCAAGUGUACACAUUCCCACUGAAUAUUUCAUUCACGAUUUACUUUUAUGAUGGCAAUUGGUUUAAUGGCCUUGAAGUAGGUAACAGUACAACUUGGUAUGUGUCGAAUCGUGUCAUUACCAAUGUCAGACCAGAUGGUUAUCUUAAUACCAGUCCUAUUGGUGUCACCAUUCCUAUCAUCUACAAGCCAAUCAACAUACCACAGGUGCAUGUUGUUCAAAUGGCUGAUUUCGAUGGAACUGAUAUCUUGAGAUGUCGAUGGUCCACCCGUAUAUCUGCUAAUAAUACAUGUCAUUAUAAUGAAUGUGGGGGAAUAUGUAGCGGUGUUCCUGGUGCUGUACUUCUUGAGAAUAACUGUACCAUCGUAUUUACACUAACACAUGCUAAAUUAUACGCAGGGGUGGCACUACAAAUUGAAGAUUUCUUCAACAAAGCAGCAUUGACAGCUAAUACACCAAUGAGUUCUGUUCCACUUCAGUUUCUCUUCUAUGGCUAUUCUGUAACAGGUAAUUGUACAAAACCGCCACAAAUCAUUGGUAAUCGACCUAACCGAGCUUGUAUUGGAACAUCCAAUAGUACGUUCGUCACCGAAACCAUCGUUGUCGAAACAUAUUGUCCUGGACAAUACGUUGCUGAUUUUGUUUCAAGUUCUCCAAUUGGAAUGAGAAAGAGUGCCAUAAUCAAUGCAAGUUCAACCAUUUUCCAGAUGAUUCUUACCUGGAAUGUCUCAAAUACUCUCCACGGUCCUGAACCACUGUGUGCUGCUGCCGUCGAUAAUUUCCAAUUACAAUCCAAUCAAUGGUGUGUCACAUUCGUCGUUGGUUAUGACUCACCCGAUGUCAUUCGACCAACACUCGUCCAAGGUUCAGCAUCACCCGUCGGCACCGUCUUCCAAAACCAAUCUGUUUUCUCAUUUCAAACAACAAAAUUCGUUGGCCGUCCAUCACGUAAUGGUACAAACAUCUACUUCAAAGAUGCUGCUAAUAACGUAACUGUUGCACAAUUCGAUUGUGGCUGGGCACCUGAAGUGACAUUCACAGGGUACACUACUGUCAUUCGUUUCACAACUACACCAUGGCAAGCUGGACACUUCUAUUAUAUCACGAUGGAUGGAGGUGUUGUAAGUGGAACUGAGUUUUGUGGACCCGAAUCAGCACCUAUCAGAGAUCCGACUUAUUGGGUGUUCAACAUCUGGGAUCCAGCUGUUUCGUCAACAACAACAACUACCACAACACCUUUCACAACAGCUACUGUUACAACAAAACCGACAUCGACAACAAGUAUCAACACUUUAUUAACAACAUCUGGCAUAGUGGUUACAACUACUACUCCUAUCACAACACCACCAACGACUUCGACAACUACACCACCAACUACAGCUGCUCCAACAACAGCUGGUCCAACAACUCCAGGAGUGACAACGGAGUCCACAGUUGCUGUCAUGUAUCCAAAAGACUUCAAAGAUGCAUGUAAGUCAUCUGUGGCAACGAUGACAGCUGUGAUACUUGCUGCAUUGGCUCCUAUACACACUAUAGUUAUGUAUGCUACAUUGACCAAACUGGAGAAGAUGUUCAGUCCAUCUCGUGUGAAUGCUGGUACACGGCACAAGUUGCGAACGAAACGAAUCAUGCGAUCAUGA